AUGACGCCCAUCCAGGAGCUCGCCUUCGGGCCGGCGUCCGACGGCGACGACAUCGUCGCGCGUGCGCAGACGGGCACGGGCAAGACCCUGGCCUUCCUCGUGCCGUCGCUGAAGCGGCUCCUCGAGGGCGACCUGCUCGACCGGGAGAAGCGGCGGCCGCGCGUCGUCGUGCUGUCGCCGACGCGCGAGCUCGCCCAGCAGAUCCACGCCCAGGCCGAGCGCCUCGCCGCGGGCACGCCCGCCAAGUGCUGCUGCGUCGUCGGCGGCACGUCCAAGGGCGCGGACGUGCGGAAAUUAAAGGCCGGCGUCGACGUGCUCGUCGCGACCCCCGGGCGGCUCUGCGACCUGCUCGGCGGCGACGAGCGGCUGCUGCGGGGCGCCCAGACGCUCGUGCUCGACGAGGGCGACCGGCUCUUAGACGAGGGCUUCGAGCGCCAGCUCACGCAGAUCGUCGCCGCGUCGAGCCGGAGCCGGCAGACGCUCUGCUUCUCCGCGACGAUGCCCGCGGAUCUGGACCGCAUGCUGCGGAGCGGCGCCGUGAAGCGGGACCACGCGCGCCUCGACGCGGCGGGCCUCGGGUCCACGGUCGCCGACGCGACGGCCGCGCGCGUCGCGCUCUCGCGGCUGAGUUUGCCGCGGGGCGCGGACGCGCUCGGGUCCCUCGCGAACGCGCUAAACGCGCACCGCGGCGGCAAGGGCGGGUCCAAGGUCGUCGUCUUCUGCCCGACGACGGCGUCGGCGGAGCUCGCGGCGGCCUACCUCCACCGGCGGGGCCUCGACAACGCGGCGCUCCACUCGCGGAAGACGCAGAGCUACCGGACGCGCGUGUCCAACGCCUUUCGCGACGCCGACGCGUCAUCGGCCCACGCGAUCCUCGUCGCCACGGACGUCGCCGCGCGCGGCGUCGACUACCCCGGCGUGUCGCUCGUCGUCCAGCUCGGCGCGCCGGACUCGCGCGAGCAGUUCGUGCACCGCGCGGGCCGCACGGGCCGCGCGGGCGCAUCGGGCGAGGCGCUCCUCGUCCUCGAGCACUGGGAGCAGGGCCACGCGCUGGGCAUGCUCGGCGACGUGCCGGGCCUCGGCGACGCGGACCCGGCGGCGGUGCUGCCCGCGGGCGACGACGCGGCCGCGUCCGUCGCGGCCAUGAAGGCCAUCGCCCGCGACGUCCGCGACAAGGCCUACGUCGCCUGGCUCGGCCACACGAACGCCAAGGCCAAGGCCCUCGGCUGGAGCAAGCAGGAGCUCGUGGACCGCGCGAACGCGAUGGCCGUCGACGACUACAAGCUCGUCGACAUCCCGGCGCUCACGCCGCGCGCCGUCGGCUUCAUGGGCCUCAAGCAGGUCCGCAACAUCCGCGUCGAGAAGAAGGCCCCGCCCCAGAACCGGCGGAGCCAGGGAAACAAGCCCCAGCGCAAGAAGGCGCCGCCGCGCCGCUCGUAG